AAUACAGUCAAAAGCACCCUUUUGUCUCUUUGAAGCCUUGAUCAUAUGUCCUACACUAUAUACUCACGUCAUCAUCAUUUGCUCUCUUUGAUGCUUUUUACCUCCCCCCUCGUAUAAAAGUACUGCAUGUCUUUCACUGUGAAUUGAUGCAAACACAAUUGAAGGAAACACUGUGUGACACUUUUUGGAGUGCAUCUGCCGUCUUUUGGAAAAGUUGGAGCAGUGUGUACAUGGAGAUGAUGUGCCGCCUUCUUUGGCCUUUUGUCCUCCUGGGAGUGCUUUGCAGCAUUGGUCCAGCUUGCACUCUCGAAAUCAGCAUGAACAGGAAGCACAACUACGCCGCCACGGGGACAAAUGUAACUCUGGCCUGCCAGUACACGCACACCUUGGAGUCCACGCAGCACACGGAGAUCACGUGGAGUAUUGUGUCUGCGGACCAAGACGAGAAAACCAUCCUUUGGUUUACCGGUGGCCGCUUAUAUCCUGUUCUGUACAAACCACUGGAGGGGAGGCUCCAGUUCACAUCAGCCAAUCCCCAAAAUGGAGACGCUUCCAUCAACAUCACAGACGUUCGUCUCUCAGACUCUACGACGUACCAGUGCUUGGUGAAAAAGUUACCUGAACUGGACCUGAAGAACGUGGACUUGACGGUUAUGGAGGUACCCAGUCAGCCUCAAUGCAGUGUUGACAGGGAACUUGCGGAAGGCCACGGCAUGACGCUCAAAUGCGGCUCCUUGCAUGGCACCCCCCCUCUGAGGUACACCUGGUCCAAGACCAGCGAAGACCAGGUCUUGCCUCCUAAUGCCAUCGUGGACACUGUCGAAGGCACCUUGAGAAACAUCUUUGAGUCGGACUGUGGAAGAUAUCGCUGCACGGUGGCCAGCAUGGUGGCCAAUAAACACUGUGAUCUUGUCCUCAAGUGUUCGCUGUUCCAAGACACCGACGUCGACAGUCAGCAGUCACCGAAAACCGCAGUCGCCAACAGUCAACAGUCACCGAAAACCGCAGUCACAGUCACAGUCGUCUUCGUUACCAUCUUUGUGGUCACCACUGUCGUCAUCGCCGUCGCCUUCUAUCGGCAACAAAAAAAGAAAUCCUUGGACCUCAGCAACACAUUAGCCUUAUCAUAGAUGCGCUCCUUGUGGCGUUUAACCAUCAGCAGUGUUUUGAUUCAAAUGUUGACAUUAUGAUAUUAUUAUCUUUCAUUUUGGACAACAGAAUUUUUAUUUGCAUUUCAUUUUUCCCGCAUUUAAUCUUUUAAACGUUCUAUUUUAUUUCCAAUUAUAAAGAUUUCCGUUGUUUGUUUUGUUGCUUAAAUUGUUUUUAUUUCUUAAACUCUGAUUAUCUGUGUUAAGCAUUUUGUUUUUAGCUGUGGUUGUAUAGUAUAAGUUUUUUUUUUAAAGUUGUUCUAUAACCACAUUUGUAUCUCAAAUUAUCUUUCCCCAUUGAAACGAAUGGAAAUGUCAUUAAUCCAUUCCAGUCUCUGGCUGUUAAAAUGUAUAAAUAAUAAAAUGUAUAAAUA